AAAUUUUGAUUAAAAAAAUUGGUAAAAAAAACAUUUAAAAAAAAGUUAAUAAAAAAGCAAUUGUAGGUAAUGAUUUCUUUUAGAUCUUACAAAAAAUUCAUUUAGGCAAAAUCUAAUAAUAUAACUGGCCUUGAGUUAAAUUUUCAGAAUAAUAAAAUCGGAGAUUUAAUAAUUUCACAGUGCUUGGCUGCUUUAACAAACUAUAAAGAACUCUAGUUUUUAAAUAUUGACCUAUCAAAUAAUUAAAUUACCUAAGAAGGAGUUUCUUAUUUAUGCCAUUUUUUAGAACAAAAGAAGAAUCUUUAAUAGCUCACACUUAAUUUGUGCGGAAACUAAGUAAACAAAAAAUCAUUUUAAGAUUUGCUCUCUUGCCUAUUUUGUUACACAAAUCUUAACUCUCUAAAAAUUUAAGCAAAUACUUAAACUGUUGAAAAUGAAAUUAAAGAAGAAAGCUUUGAAUAUAAAUUCUAAACAAAUGAGAAUCUUAAAGCGCUCUCUUUUGAAUUUGAUGGCUCUCAAUUAUUCGACAACUUUUAUUGUUAAUUUGGCAUCGGAAUACAACAAUAUCCAAAUCUAAUUUCAUUAGAUUUAAAAUUUGAAAAUAAUAAAUCUAUUGGAAAGGAGCUCAAAGUUAUAGGUGAAGGAAUAUCAUCUUUAAAAAGUCUUAGCAAGUUAUUGCUAAACUUAAAUUAUAAUAAUAUCAAAGAUGAAGAAUUAUAUGAUUUAAUAACUGGAAUCUCAAAGUGCGGCAAUAUCUAAAAACUUGAUCUUUUAGCUAAUAAAAAUGAUAUCGAUGGUUAAAACUUUUCUAUUUUCGAAGAUCUCUUUAAAAAUUGCAAAGAAAUUACUAGCUUGAAUUUACAAUUUAGAUAUAAUAUAAUUAAUGAAGAAAAUAUUUCUAAGUUAGGCUAAGCUCUAUAGAUUAGCUAAAAUCUUAAAAGCAUUAACUUAAAUCUAGAUGGAAAUUACAUUCAGACAAUAGGAUAUAGUAUCAUUAUUACCUCCUUAGCGCUUUGCUUAGGCAUUAAAUAUUUGAAGUUUUCAGCACUAGACAACAAUACAAAUUUGGAAUUUGAGAAGAAAUAAAAGUACAAACUCUUAAGAAAGCUAAAAAAUUUGGUUACUCUUUGAUUCAUAUAAAAUAAUUCAAUAUUUAUAUUUAUUAAACUAAAUUAAUAUUAAUAUUUGUAGCAUUCUUUUUAUUAAUUGUAAUUGACAAUAUGUAGCAGUAUGCCAAUAAAAAAUCUUGAGUUUUAAAUUCCACUAGUUUUUUAAUUUGCAUAUAUUUUAAACAAAC